AUGGCGAGAUCUGUCACCACUGCCCCUCGUUCCAGUCGACUCAAGAUUGUUCGGCAUGCAUUAGGUAGCCCCGAGGAUGCGACCUUGGAGCACGUCUCAGAUCAGACGUCGCCGGCAGCAUUCACCAUCCUCGUCCACGACCUGUUGAGCCAAGGCCGCAAACAAGAUGCAAGCAGGGUCAAAUUGGCCAAUGUCUUGGCUGAUGUCCUUGACGACCACGUCGAUGUAGCCACGGCUAUCCUUGACGAUGGAGACGUCAAGUCGACGCGUGACCUAGCCCUUCGUUAUGACAUUGCUCGUGUUGAGAGCAUGCUGCCGCAGAGUGCGAAAGCGACGGGCGGUACGGGUCCCGUGCCGGUCACAGCCCGGACUGGAAAGAACUCCAAGGUCUCAACCGUAGCUUUGAACUUCCGCCAGCGCCUUUUCCAGGCCGAACCCACCGCUGUGCUGCAGCAGAUGUUGUCGCCUCCCAGCAUUGCCGGCGACGAUGCGAGAGAGCUUCCCAUAGGACCAUCGGCUUCUACCAGAGACGAGAUGGUCAAGUUCCUUGCCCGACAUCCAGACUUCAACAUUCGCACAGAGUCUGUGCUCAAGAGACUGGAUCAGGACCACGACAUCCAAGAGCAGCUUGACCCGGAGACUCGCAAUUCCGUCACAGAGAAUCUCAAAACUCUCCAACGGACGCAAGCUCUCACGCCAGCUCCUGAAGCACUUGAACCAUUGCUUCAACAUGGUCUGACCAGCGCGAUGCGCGUGGCGGCUCUGCCCAAAAAACGUUUCACGGCCCUGGUGUCGCCGAUGAUCGCCGACUCGGGUGGCUCGAGCAAUCGGGCAGAGCAACUGGCAAGCCAGAUUCAUGACCAUGCUACGGCAAGUCGAAUGCGAGCUGAUAACACUCUUGUACAACUCCAUGCUGCCAUCAAAGGAAGCGGGCUACGGUCAAUAGAUGGACAGACGUCCCUAGAGGAGCGCCAGAUCAUGGCCCAAGAGCUGGCAGAUGCGACCGCUGGAACACCUUCUGCCAUCAAUCUCGAUGCCCUAUUCGGAGACAUGGACAUGUGCGAGUGCGAAGAAUGUCUUGAUGUGACCAGUCCCACCGCCUAUUAUGUAGACCUCCUCCAAUACCUGCGGAACAAUAACCUCGAUCCUGACAAGAAAUGGUCCAAUACCGGCAAGGAAGACAUACAGGGGACUGCACUUGAGAGGCUCUUCCAGCGCCGACCUGACCUGCAGUAUCUGCGCUUGACGUGUGCCAAUGCCAACACGCCACUCCCCAUGAUCGACCUUGCCAACGAAGUUAUGGAGGCCUUCGUCAUAAACGCAAAUGCUUUUGCCAUCACGGGGAAAGCCGUCAUCGAAGCUUGGAAUGUCGAGAACGAGACGACAGAGGAGCUGCUCGCAAGCCCUAGCAACACACGGAAGAGGGCGUACUGCAUCCUCAACGAGGCUGUCUACCCGCUGGCCACCCUGCCAUACUUCCAACCUCUUGAUGCUUCUCGCCUUUAUCUUACUUACCUGGGUACUUCUCGUUUUGAGCUUAUCGACACCAUGAGACUUGCAGGCCGGCAGUGGCCUGUUCGCGCAGCGCUCAUAUCCAAUUCUGAAAAGCAAAUCCGUUACGCGACCAUGUUGGCUCGCGUGCAGGACCGUGCAGCAGCAGCAGAGUACAUGGGUCUCGCCCCCAGCGAAUACAUCAUAGUCACGCACGAGUCUUUUUGGGCCAUCGAAUGCUCUGAAUUCGCCGACAACGGUCACAUCAUCCAAGAGGACGAGUACCAUCGGGACAUCGGCUUGCUCUCGACAUCCACAUACUGGGGUUUCAACGACGACAAUGCUCUUCGUAGCAUUGAUCCCAGCACAAGGACGGGCCUGUCCUUUGUCAAGGCCCAGUUUCUGAGGCGUUCAGGCCUCAGCUUCCCUGAUGUUGUUGAUCUGCUGCAUACCAAGUAUGUCAAUCCAAUGAUGCCCGAGGGAAAGGACAGAAUUCUGCUGGACAGUAUCCGUUUCUCUUACCGUUUCCUUCAACACGUGACUGUCGGUAUUCCAAACGCAUCGGGAAAGAGCAGGAUGAUUGCAGAUUUCCUGCUCCAAGCACAACCAUGGGUACAAUACAUCCAGCUUCAGCAGAUUCCCGCGACCGGGAACCCUCUAGUUAAGCCGGUAGUUGACACGCCAACCUUUGAAGAGCCAGUGGUUCGUGUAUGGGUUCGGAAGUGGUUUGACUGUAUUGGCAAGCUCAUCGUGCUGGAAAGCAAAACAGAACCUCGUCUGCCAAUCCAAGGCUACUUGGUAUGGCGACCUCCCUCCGAUGACACUACCGGGUCGAAUCCUAGCUCGUUGAUCAUCACAGGCUCGCAGCCUCGAGUCCUGGGAUACCUUGACACGUCUGGUCAGCUGACGGACGAAAACAGCCAAGUUGUUGGUGUGGUGUGGAUGGACAGUCGGGUUUUCUAUGGCGGUCUCCAGACAAUUCGGACCAGCUUGCCCAAAGGCAGGAUAGAUCUCAUCCAAACUGCAAAGCGACUAACGACGCUACUGUUGAACAACUCGACAAUAUCAACGUCACCUCUAUGCCUGUAUAUCUGGGAAUGGGAGCGCAUAAACCGCUUCAUUCGACUGUACAAGAAGCUUCAACUGUCUGGAUGGACCAUAACGACACUGGAUGCGGCUUUGAUGGGCCUCUGGAAAGUGCCUGAGAUCACUCCCGGAUCGACCUUGCCGCCAGGCGAUCCACUGACAUCAACCACGUUCGAGAAGGAAGCGAAUGGGAAUGGAGGAUUUUCAUUUUCCGACUUCAAGGACAAGGGCUGCGGAGAUGAGGCCGGCGCAGGAGACUGUGACGACGGCGAAUGCAGCGAUGAUGAGGCUCCUGGACCUGUCUGCGACCCGAGCACGUUCCCGUUCAUUAGUCCAGGCUUUAUCAAGCAGUUGAUGAGCAUUCAACGUCUCGCAGACCUGACUGGCCAAGAUCUCGAUAAACUACUCUGCCUCUGGAGCGACAUCCCAACGUUCGGAGAGAGAUCCCUGUACGCUCGCCUGUUCCUGACGCACAAUCUACAAGCCAUUGAUAGCGUCUUCGUCGCUGAUAAGACAGGUCACUACCUCAGCUCUGAAACCAAUGUCGGGGAGCAUGUACCAUUACUCCUUGCUGCGCUGCAUGUCAAAGCAAAGUCGUUUGACAGUAUUCUCAAAAGUGCUGGUCUGACCCGACAAUCUCCUCUGGAUAUUAAGACUCUGACGAGACUCUAUCGCCAUAUGGUUCUGUCCUCGAUUUUGGACAUACGUCCGGAAGAUCUCGUCCUGGCCUUGGAUCUUUGGCCAAACCCUUAUGACAGCGCGUCCACGACUCUAGACCUAUAUCUACUAUGGACACGAAUCUCGGCUACUUCUUUCACUGUUCCCCAACUCCGCUACAUCAUCUUCGAUGCUGAGGAACUCCUGCGCCCCAUUGGCCCAGGGCCAGCGACGGUCCUCCGCACAGCCCAAGCUCUCCUGGAAGGUCUUCUGUCUAUUGCAAAGGCACAGCCCGACUUGACGGAGCAAGAAGAGGCCGUUCUUACCAUGGCCCAGGUGACGGCGAAAGCAAAUCUACUAUUUGCACCGUCGGUCGUCGAUAGCAUCGUUGGCCUCAUAGAGGGAACCCGGCUGUAUACUACGAACGCACCAAUUGGGCUGGAUGCAGGAAAACUUAGAAGUUUGACCAAGGUCAUAUACAAAGAUCCACUCACACCGCGCAAUCGAAGAGCUACUCUGUCGGUGACGGGCAGCCUGACCGACGACGAAGUCACAGCAGCCGAGGCCAUCUUCCCCAGCAACCAAGAGUGGUCCGCAGCACUGAAGCGUCUGCACAGGCAAGCCGAAAAGUUCGUGACCAACGACUUGGGCGCCAUCUUUGCAGGCAAGAUAGAGGAGGCCGUUGCAGUCCUCACUCAGGGCGAUGUGGCACCUGUGCAAGAUACCGAAGAGGUCCCUGGUACUCCAGGCACGGCAAUCCAGAAGCGAGUGUAUUUUAUGCGCCACUUUGUUCCCUAUCUUCGGUCAACGCUCGAGUCCAACUUCAUCAUAACAACCGUGUCAGGGGUAGCCCCCUCGUCCCCGGACAUGUGCUCGUGGCUACUGAAGGAGGUGAUCAGCGUCGGUCCAGUUGGAUCGCAGGCAUCUGCCAUGUCGAUCCUGCUGGCACUGAAGGGUCACCUGGAGGCUGAACGCACUCCAACGUGGAACGGCUAUUUGAUUCGUCACUGGGCAGACCAUACCUGGGGACCUUCGAUGGAAGACAGCCACGAGCGAAAUAACGGCAAUUCCAUUAAGUGCUAUGAUUCCAGACCCGUCCGUGGGCGACGUUGGCGAGGUGCUGAAGUCCAUUGUCAAGGCUUCAAUGGUGUACAGGGGUUUUCACUGGACCUCACAGAGGCCCAGUACUUCCAGCGCCACGGUAGCCAAUUUGACGGCGUCGAUCUCAACAGGGUCAGUCUUCCUGCGUGGAAACGACUCUUACAGUACUAUGAGCUACGAGAGUCGUUAGUAAGACAACAGAAGGGCCUGUUAGAUCUCUUCAAAUGGGCCAGUCUCAGAGAUAAGCCUGGAACUACGACUUCGAUCGACGAACUCAGCGGCAUCAUCUCGGAAGUGACAACCUGGGAUGCGGCCUCGAUCAAGGUAUUGCUUGCAAAGGAAAACUUCAACAUGUCAGAUGUCAAAUUAUUCCAGAACGAGGUCGCCCUGACCAGAAUGUCCAAGACUUUUGCGCUAGGAAAGAAAACUGGCAUUUCGGAUCUGAGCUUGCUUCUGUCGUGGACGGACUUGAAGCUCGAUUUUCAACCGACCUGGAAUUUAGCCAAAAGCAUUCGACAGACCAUUCAGGGACGAUAUACGGCCUCAGAUUAUGAGCAAGCCAUCAAAUCGACACACGAUCAGCUUCGCAAGAACCAACGGAAUGCACUCAUUGCCUAUCUACUGGUACUGCCCAGCAUACAGACGUGGGGCGUUGCUGACGCAGACGGUCUGUUUGAAUUCUUCUUACUGGACGUGCAAAUGGGCGCAUGUAUGCAAACCUCCCGCACCAAGCAAGCUAUCUCCUCCGUGCAGCUGUUUGUGCAACGGUGCAUACUGGGCCUGGAAGAGAAGUACGGGGUGCUCAACGAUGCUCUAGACGCCGAUCGCUGGAAAUGGAUGUCUAAGCAGACCGUCUGGACAGCAAACCGGAAAGUUUGGUUGUGGCCCGAGAACUGGAUGAUCCCCUCGUUGCGUGACGACAAGACCCCAAUUUACACCGAUAUGGAGAGUGAGCUGCUGCAACGCGACGUGAAUCCCACUAAUGUGCUGGAGUCCUUCAAGACCUAUGUCGAUAAGCUGGAUCAGAUCGCUCACCUGCGUGCUGUCGCGAUUUAUCAGGAAACGCGAGAGUCGGACAAGUUCAUAUUCCACUGUGUCGCUAUGACAGUUGGAUCUCCGUAUCUUUUCUUCUACCGGAGCUAUGACUACUUCAAUCACGAAUGGACCCCCUGGAUCCGCAUCACUGUUGACAUUCCGACCUACACAAUCGAGUAUAGCACGGUGGCUGUCCCUCGCCUCGCAUCAGAAUUCGUUGGUGGCCGAGGGCCGGCUGACAACGUGCUCCGGGACGAAGCAAGCCCGCCAGCAGAGGGUGCAAGGGCAGCUAAUGAGGUGAUACUGGACGAUACGGCUGUCGACUUCAGCUCAAUCCAGCCUAAAGCGUCCUUCACCGGAUGUUACGUGGCGCCAAUGGUGUGGCAAGGCCGUCGACUCUUCUUCAUUGGUGAGUUGGUGCAGAAAGCCGUCCCCAACACCGUCGCUCUUGCGCAGGACUUUGGCGAGAUGACCAAACCCGGGUCGACCACCAAGGCCGAUGAACUCACUCCUCCAUCGAUCUGGGAAUUGAAGGUAUCAUGGACAGAGUAUCGAUCUGGCAAGUGGACCAACAAGCAGAUCGCAUCAGAGCCUUUCACAACGACACCUUUUACCGAUUUGAAACCCUUGCCAGUCGACUCAUUCCAGCUCAUGCCGCAAAUCGCCACCCGAGCUAAUGGGGCGCAGUACAUCAAUAUUGAAAUCUGGAACAGCCAUGAUGCCUCGUAUCUGGGCAACUAUGUCUUCAAUGGGAGCGUCAUUCAAAAGGGAACGUCAACCUUCCAGACGAAACCCAAGAAUUGGGUGUCCACAAGCUUUCAGCUGCUCGGCGGCAGAUCUGAUUCCUUCACUGUUGUUUCUCUCCAGAAGUCUGAUGAUGGGACAACGCUGCCCUUGAUCAACACCACGCCCAACGUGGCGUACACAUUCACCGAGCCUGAGGGGCGGAUAAACUAUGCAGCUGACGAUAGCGACAUCUUCUACCAUCCAUUCUCCGCAGAGCUCGUCAGUGCAGCGACCCGAACCACCGAAGCUACGAGUAUUGAGCCCAUUGAGGCCGUCUACCAAACACUACUCGCCUCCUCGCCAGAGCUGGAGGAGCCGACAUUUGGUACAGGGGCAUCUGAAGCAAAUGCAGAUGGCGUUCAGCGUCCGACCUUUGCGGAGUUAUCUAAACCAUAUACCAACUACAACUGGGAGCUUGGUUUCUUCGCACCUAUUCUCGGGGCCAAUGCGCUCUUAACUGGCCAGCAAUUUGAAGAAGCCUUGGAUAUGAUACACCACGUAUUCAAUCCCUACGCAGAUGGCCCCGAUGUCACGCGCGUCUGGAAGUGGCUCCCGUUCCAGAAGGCCUCAUCCAAGAGAGUGCUUGAGACGAUCUUCAGUCGCCUAAAGCCUCGCCAAUGGGACCUCAACAUCACCAAAUGGCGAGACCAUCCAUUCCAGCCCUUUGUGGUAGCACGUGGACGUACCGUGUCGUACAUGAAGUGGACUGUCAUGCUCUAUAUUCAGGCCUUGAUUGCAUAUGGAGACAUGUAUUUCCGUCGGCGGACACUUGAGGACAUCCCACUCGCUAUCCAGCUGUACGUCCUAGCUAGUCACCUGUACGGUCCCAAAGGUGAGACGAUUCCAGCGAAGGGCAAGAAGAUUCCUCAGACUUACCACUCCCUCCUCAACAAGUGGGAUGCCUUCAGCAACGCGGCCGUGCAACUUGAGGUCGCUUUUCCGUUCAGCAACCAGAAACCCUUCCCCUUCACAGUCUCGGAGGACAGUGCAGUUUCUCCCCUGGAGAAGAUCAAACAAAUCGGGCUUGCCAACGUCUUCGGCCUAGCUACUUCGAGCUACUUCUGCCUCCCUUCCAAUCCAAAGCUCCAAGCACUUCGGACCACCAUUGACCAGAGAUUGUACAACAUACGCAACUGUCUCGACAUUGAUGGCCGACCCAUGCCUCUGGCUCUCUGGGAUGCGCCAAUCGACCCCGGUGAGUUGGUGGCUGCUGUGGCGUCGGGAUUGAGUCUAUCAAGUGCGCUAAAUGAUCUCAAUACAAGCCUGCCUAAUUACCGAUUCACUUGGCUUAUUGCGCGGGCUCUGGAGAUGACGGGCGAGCUGAAGAGUCUCGAAGCUUCUUUGCUCUCCAUCAAAGAAAAGCGAGACGGCGAGGCACUGCAAAUGCUGCGCACGGGACAUGAGCUCACCAUGAACAAAAUGAUACUUGAUAUGAAGAAGCUUCAACUCGAAGAAGCGAACAAGUCGCUUGUGGCUCUUCAAGUUCUUCAACAGUCAUCGAAAGCUCGCUUCGACUUCUUCUCCCGGCUGGCCGGUGUCGAGGUACCAUCUCUGGGGAGCAGCAACCUCCCAUUUACGCCCAUGACCAUCAAAAUUGACCCUCCCGCAGCUGGGGACACCCAUCUCAACAGCCUGGAGCUCCAGGAGCAAACGCAAGCCAUCAUCGCCCAAUUCUGGAAUGGGGAGGUUGCCAAUCUCGAGAUCAUGGCAGGGAUCCUGCACGCAUUGCCCAGCUUCAACGUGCACGGCACGCCCAUGGGAUGCGGCAUCGAGGUCGCCUGGGGGAUGCCUAACAUUGCCGCUGCCUUCCAAGCGGCAGCUCGGUACACACAAACGUUCGCGAGCGACAGCAACUUCAGCUCCAUGCAGGCUGGACGCAAGGCGGGUUACGUCAAACAAUUCCAGGACCGCGUGCACCAGAUGAAUCUGGCGGGUCUCGAGUUCGAGCACGUCAACAGCCAGAUUGCCACACAAAAUACCCGUAUCGCCAUCACGAAUCAGGACAUCAGCAACCAACAGAAGCUGAUCGACAACUCGCAAGAAGUCCACGACUUCCUCCGCGACAAAUACACCAACGACGAGCUGUACAGCUACCUCGAGGGCGGCGUGCGCACGGCGAUGUACCAAGCCUAUCUCCUGGCGUACGACAUGGCCAAAAAGGCCGAACAAGCCUUCCGCUUCGAGCGCCGCCCCACCGCCGUACAGAACUCGGUCGACUUUGUCUCGUUUGGCUACUUCAACCCGGCCCGCGAUGGCCUUCAGUCCAGCCAGCAACUCUACCUCGCGCUGAAGCGCAUGGACACAGCGUACCAAGAGAGCAGGGGCCACGACUACGAACUGACCAAAGCCAUCUCGCUGCGCCAACUCAACCCCUAUCAACUCCUCACCCUGCGCGAGACGGGCAGCUGCACCUUCAAUGUCCCCGAAGUCGCCUUCGACGCGGACUUCCCAGGCCACUUCCACCGACGCAUCCGCACCGCGUCACUCACCAUUCCCUGCGUCGCAGGGCCCUACACGGGCAUCAACGCGACACUCCGCCUCCUGAAGCACCGCUACCGCGCCGACGCCCGCGCCACCUCGGCCCGCGACUACGUCGAGGACACCUCCAACGGCGGCCUGGAUGCCCGGUUCCGCAGCCACCCGUCGCCACCUGUGGACACGGUCGCGCUAUCCUCGGCGCAAAACGACUCGGGCCUGACUCUGCCGCCGGCGGGGUUCCGGCCAUUUGAUUACGCGUCCAUCGCGGACGUGGUGUUGUCGCUGCGCUACGUGGCGUCGGAGGGCGGCGAGGCGCUCGGGCGUGCCGCGGCGGGGAGUGUGCUGGAGUGGAUGGGCACCGUGGAGGAGGCCAGUAAAGAGGUUGGGUUGCUGGCGCUGUUGGACGUGAGGGCCGAGUUUGCGGCCGAGUGGGCGAAGCUGGCGGUAGCGGCCCCGUCGGCGACAAACGGGCAGGCGGAUGUGCGAAGCUUGGUGCUCAGGCAGCUGCAGGCGAGGUUGCCGGCCUUUGUGGCUGGGAGGGACGCCGCGAAGGUAAGGGUAGCGGAUGUUAGUUUGGUGACAAACCUGGGUUUCACGGAGGCGGCGAGCUUGGGAAUCAACCUCAAGUAUGUUGGGGGCAGUGGCGGUACAAGUGACCAGGUGGUGCCAUUUGAUAGCGGGCCGGUCAAGAUUGGAGGGAUGAAUAUGUUUAGGAUCGCGACUGUGGACGCCACGUUUGGAGAUUGGGCGCUGCAGGUCAGCAUGUCGAGUGCGAUCAAGGUGGACGGGGCUUCGCGCUUGUGGCUGAUUGUGCGCUAUAAGCUGGUCAGGUAA